AUGGUACCGGCACAUCUCUAUUUUUGUUCUGCUGUUUCACAAUUAAUAUUUAAAUCAAGAUAUGCACUAACACAAUUAAUAUUUGUUAAUGCUUUUAAAAGUGAUGAUGCUGGUAUAUUAGUUGUAACGUCAACUGUUUUUGUUAUUACCGGCAUUGGCUUUCUUGCACGUGCCACUGGUGCUGGUUUAAUUAUAUUUUCUCGUUAUGGCCAACAGAUUGUACUUGUCGAAUCGAAUUAUGGUGAUUAUGACUUUGGGUUUCCCAAAGGUUACAUAGAAAAACGUGAAACAUCUAAACAAGCAGCUGUACGUGAAACAGACGAAGAAACAGGAUUAAAAACACAACAAUUAGCGUUUGUACCAUUACAAAAAGCGUUAGAUGAAUAUGGAUGGAAUUCAGUUAGUAAUUAUUAUGUUGCCGGUGUCAAGGUUCCAAGUAAUCGUAUACAAUUCCGAUAUAAUUCACGGGAAAUACGAUCUGUAAGAUGGUAUCUAGUAGAUGAAGCAUUAAGAUUACCAAAAUUAUAUCCACAUCAAAAACGAUUAUUAAUACAAGCACAACAACUAUAUAUACAAUCGCAAAAUCAAAACACAUUAUUAAACGGGAAUCAAUUCAUAUACAAUUAA